AGGCAACAAGAGGAACCAUUAAGGAUUUCCAUGGAUUCAAAGCCAAUGAUGACUCAGAAGCUCUCCGCAAAGCAAUGAAGGGUUUUGGUACUGAUGAAGACACUAUUAUGAAGAUUCUUACGUCCAGAAGCAAUGCUCAGCGACAGCAAAUUUCUGUGUCAUUUAAGACCUUAUUUGGCAGGGAUUUUUGUGAUGAUUUGAAGUCUGAACUUACGGGUAAGCUGGAGAAGGUGAUUGUGGCACUAAUGACCCCAGCAAAUAUGUAUGAUGCUCAGGAACUUAGACAUGCAAUGAAGGGUGCUGGCACUAAGGAAAAUGUGCUCAUUGAAAUUCUUGCUUCUAGAUCUGCACCUGAAAUCUGUCACAUUAAAAAAGUCUUCAAAGAAGAAUAUGGAUGUGAGUUGGAAGACAGCAUCACUGGAGAUACGUCUGGAUAUUUCCAGAGGAUGUUGGUAGUCCUUGUUCAAGCUAAUAGGGACCCAGACUCUAAAGUAAAUGACGGUCUUGUUGAGCAGGAUGCCCAGGAUUUAUUUAAAGCUGGGGAAAUGAAAUGGGGCACAGAUGAAGAGAAGUUCAUUACCAUUUUGGGAACUCGCAGCAAUGUUCAUUUAAGAAAAGUGUUUGAUAAAUACAUGACCAUCUCUGGCUACCAAAUUGAAGAGAGCAUUGGUCGGGAGACAUCAGGCAACCUUGAAAAGUUGUUGCUUGCCAUAGUGAAGAAUGUUCGAAGCGUCCCUGGAUAUUUUGCCGAAACUCUGUACAAGGCAAUGAAAGGAGCUGGAACUGAUGAUGACACCUUGAUCCGAGUGAUGGUUUCCCGAAGUGAAAUUGAUAUGCUUGAUAUACGAAAAGAGUACAGAAAACAUCAUGGAAAAUCUCUGCUUCAAGCAAUAAAGUGUGACACAUCUGGAGACUACAGGAAUACACUCCUCCUGGUUUGCGGUGGGGAUGAUGAGUAA